GAACCACUGCGCGUGCCACCGCGCCGCUGCCGCCGCCGCCGCCGCCAGAACUCGCAAAACCAUCGAGUAGCCAGAGCAGAAGCCGCCGCGGCGCCCGUGCCAGGCGGGCGCCGCAACGACCCAAUGGAGCGCGCGGUGAGAGAGCUGUGGGCGGAAUCCCGGGACCUUCUCGGCCUCGGCUCCCCAUCCCCUGACGACACCGCCGCCAAAGCCUCCGCCGUGCCGCGCGCGGACCUGCCCCCGACGCCGCUCGCCUUCCUCCGCGACCACGUCUCCCCGGGCCGCCCGCUCAUCGUCUCCGCCGCGGCCACCCGCCACUGGCCCGCCGCGUCGCUCUGGCCCACCGCCUCCUACCUCACCGACGCGCUCCGCUCCACCACCGUCUCCCUCCACCUCACCCCCGACGGCCGCGCCGACGCGCUCGCCCCGCACCCGGGGCGCCACGAGUCCUCCUCCAAGUGCUUCGCGUCCGCGCACGUCCGCCGCGUCGACUUCCCCGCCGCGGUCCGGCUCAUCAGAGGAUCCGACCCGGCCGCCGGCCUGGUCGCGUACGCGCAGCAGCAGGACGACUGCCUCCGGGGGGAGUACGCGGCGGUGGCCGGCGACGUGGACGCGCACGUGCCCUGGGCCAGCGAGGCGCUCGGCUGCCUCCCCGAGGCCGUCAACCUCUGGAUCGGCAACGCCCACUCCGUCACCUCCUUCCACAAGGACCACUACGACAACAUCUACGCCGUCGUCUCCGGCGAGAAGCACUUCCUGCUGCUGCCCCCCACCGAGCACCACCGCCUCUACGUGCGCGACUACCCCGCCGCCCACUACGUCGCCGAGGAGAAGGACGCAGGAGGGGAGCAUCAGAUGAGGCUUAAGCUGGAGCUGGACGAGCCCGAGAGGAUCGUGCCGUGGAGCAGCGUAGACCCGUGCCCGGCGUCGCCGGAGGAGUUGGACGCUCAGGCGUCGUCGUUCCCUCUCUACUCCGACGGGCCGGCGCCGAUUCGGUGCACGGUCCGCGCCGGCGAGAUGCUCUACCUGCCAAGCAUGUGGUUCCACCAUGUCAGCCAGAGCCCAGGGCCGAACGGGCUCACCAUUGCUGUGAACUACUGGUACGACAUGCAUUUUGACAUCAAGUAUGCCUACUUCAACUUCUUGAGGUCAAUGGAGAUCGAUGGUUGUUCAUCAGGCAAGUCUGGUUUUUUGGAAGGUGAUCUUGAGGAAAAGAAUGAUUGAGGGUGACCUAUUCUGAUUACAUCUGAUUUCCUCCUGCCUUUGUCUGACAGAGCAACAGCUCUGCAAGCUUUAGGAGUAGUUGCCAGACACAUGGAAACUGAUUAACCGGCUUUGUAUGUCUGUACAACAUUUGCAGUCGUCAAUUGGCCUAUCAGGCUCGAUACAGUUGCAACUAGAACAUUUGAUUUAGUGGCGGCAAAGUUUGGCUGCAUUCACAAAAGAGAAGAUGAACUUCGCAUUGUGUCCA